AUGCACAAAAAUCGAUCGAGCAGCUCUGCUGUCCCACACCAGCCGACGCUGAACAUGGACGACGUCGCUGAUCACCCAUCGCGCACUGAUGUCCUCGGUUGCGACUUUUGCACCACCAUUCCAAAAUUCACCGAACACCCGUCGUUAUGGUUCCGGCAUCUCGAGGUCUACUUUCACCUCAACAAGAUAACCUCGCAAACCUCCAAAUAUCAUCGUGUUUUGCCAGCACUCCCGAGGCAUGUAAGACUUGCAGUUCUUGAGCUGAUUGAGGAAAUCCCUCAGUAUAGGCCAUACGAUGUGUUGAAAAACGCGAUAAUCACCCGAAUGAACGAAAUCUACGAAACUCGAGCACGUCGCCUUCUUCCCGAUGUUGAGUUGGGCAACAAGCUACCGUCGGAAAUGUUAGCGUACAUGCGACGUGCGGUUAGAGGCAGUCAGAUUGGUGACAUGGAACUGCGUCUAGUGUGGACCAAGUGUAUGCCAGAGGAGAUACGGCCCAAAAUUGAGUGUUGUCCUUACGACACGCCACUGACCAAGUUGGCGGAUUUCGCUGAUGACUGGUUCAAAAAGUGGCAAGAAGGUAAAAAUCGAACCAGCGAAUCCAUUGAAGAAGAAGCGAAACUCCCAAUCAACUUGACCAUGGGUAGACUUGAAAUGCUGCUUGAUUGGAUCUUUGCCAGGCUUGAUCGGCUGCAACAAUGA